GUAGAACUUGCUGAAUGCUGACAAGAGGCCAUGACUUCAGAUAACAAAUAUAUUCCUAUCCAGAUCCAACCACAAAGACAAGGGCAAUCUACCGUCUACCAGGACACCUCCACUCCAUCCACAGCCAACAUUCCCUGUGAACUGGAAAACCUUUUGAAGGCAGAAGAGAUUAUAUUUAAAGAUAAAGUCUUCCAGACUCGUGAUGGGAAAACCCUCUUCUCAGUACAUCACAAAUCUGAACCCUCUGGAUCCUCCCUAAACCUAUAUCUCAGAGAUUGCUACAAGAAGGACACAGUUUGGCUUCAUUUGAUUUCAGAUGAUGCUGGUCAUGACCCUUAUUUGCAGAUUGUUGCCCUUCCAAUGCACGGCCUGGGUUCUGUAAAAAUUGAUCCUGUAUCCGGAAACCUGAAAAUUUGCAUUCAGACCACAAAGGACACGUCUACGUUAAUCGCAAGUCUUCCAAUGUUUCUACAGACGCAAAGGAACACUUCUAUAGAGAUACUGAGCAUGAAUGGGUCUCAUCAAGUAGCCAAAAUAAUGAGCGAGAAAGAAGGUGGAUCUGCCUGGGUCGUCUUCCGGUUCUCUGUAGACAUGGAAUCCUGUGAAAAAAUUGUAAUUCUCGGGGCUUUCCUCUACUUGAACUUUCACCUCCAUGAGGUUCGAAAACUGGAAAAUUCUUCAACCCGUUUCCAAGAUGUUUGGAUUAUUGACUGUAUGGACUGGGAAAAUGGAUCCGGGUUAAGCAGCAGACUUUGUGAAAAGCAGAGGGAUGGAGUUGUGGAUUCUGCUGAAGAAGGUGGCUGCUGCCGGGACUGUCACACUGGGUGCAAGAAUUGCUUGUCCUGUUUUCACAAUUGCCUGCAGUGCUGCACUGAAUGCUGCUACCCCUGCUUAUGUCUUCUCACCGUCAUAAACUGUUGUUUAUAGUGCUAAUUCCAUUAACAGUGUUUGAAAAAUAUGCAUACUGUGUGGUCUCAAAAACGGUGUUUCUAUGUCCACGGGGCAUUGAGGAGUCCAAUAUUUGAGGUAGCUUUAUUUGUCUGGGUGGUAGAAACAU